AUGAAGGUGCUCGUCACCGGCGCAUCCGGCCUCCUCGGCCGCGCCGUCCACGCCCGCUUCCUCGAGCACCACCACCAGGUCAAGGCGCUCGCCUUCACGCGCGCCGACCCGCAACGCUCCCUCGAGAAGCUCGACCUGACCGACGAGACCGCCCUCAAGGCCUGCCUCGACGACUUCCAGCCGGACGUCAUCAUCCACACAGCGGCCGAGCGCAGGCCGGACGUCGUCGAGCGAGACCCGCAAGCCUCGAACGCCAUCAACGUCGACGUGCCUGCAUCCCUCGCCCAGCUCGCCGCACACCUGCCCACUGUGCCCCUCCUCGUCAACAUCUCGACCGACUACGUCUUUGACGGCAGCAAGCCCCCCUACAAGGUCGACGACCACGCAAAUCCGCUCAAUUCCUACGGCGUCUCUAAGCUGCAGGGCGAGCGCGCCGUCGCCCAGCACGCCAAGCCGGGCCACUUUACCAACCUCCGCGUGCCCGUCCUCUACGGCGCAGCGGCUGCCAACAGCGAGUCGGCCGUCAACGUCCUCCUCGACGCCAUCCAGCCCCGCACGGACGGCAGCGCCGUCAAGUGCGAUGCCUACGCCGUCCGCUACCCGACCUGCGUCGACGACGUGGCCACGGCCCUCGUCCGCCUGUCGGACGUCUUUGCGCAGCAACCGGCCGACGCCAAGGACAUCCCGCCCACCACCCACUUUUCCGCAAAGGAGGCCAUGACCAAGUACGACAUGUGCCUCGUCCUCUCGCGCGUCGCCAACGCCGUCGGCCUCGAGACCCGCACCGACCACCUCGACCCCGAGUACGAGGUCGACCCGCUGGCCGCCACCGCCCGACCGCGCCACUGCAAGUUGGACACGAGCGUCCUCGAGGGUCUCGGCGUGCCCAUCGACUUUGUCCCCUUUGAAGAGUGGUGGAGGCCCUACCUGGCCGAGAAGCUCAGGGCGCAACGGGAAGAGGAAGCUCGCCUCGCCGCCGAGGCCGAGGCACGUCGACUAGCGGCCGAGGAAGAGGAGCGCAAGAGGCGGGAAGCCGAAGAGGCCGAGGCGAGGCGCAAGGCGGAGGAAGAAGAGGAGCGGCUGCGGAAGCAAAAGGAGGAAGAGGAGAGAGAGGCCGAGAGGCUGCGACUGCAGAGGGAGAAGGAAGCGGCCGAGGCCGAGGAGGCGGAGAGAAGACGGGUGCGAGAGGCCGAGGCCGAGGCCGAGGUCGAGAGGAAGAGGAAGGCAGAUGAGGAGGCGGCGUCGGCAUCGGCAGCGGCGGCGGCCGUAGAGCAGGCUGAUGGUGCCGCGCAGGCCGCCGACGGCGACAAACCUGCAGACGACGGAGAGGCAGCGGGGACUUCCGAGGCAGCACCGGCAGAUCUCACAGGCUCGCCAUCCGCCACUGCGGCUGCGGCUGCCGCCUCGACGUCAAGGCCCACUUCGCCCUCUGCUGAGCUGGCCGACGACCCUGCCGGCCCCGACGAACCACCGCGCUCGUCUCCUCUCGGAUCACCCAACCCGUCCUUCUCGUCGUUGCAAGCCCGGCCCACCCCUCCGGCCACAUCGGGCUUGCCGAGCCCGUCCAGCUCGGUGCCGCCCUCGAUCCGCAGCGUGCACCGGCCCAGCUCGCCCAUCGAUGGAUCCAGCUCCGUCGACCAUCAGCACCAGCAGCAGGAGCAAGACGGACAGACCGCGGCGCUGGGCACGACGCCGACCGCAUCAACGACCGGUCUGGCGGGACCUGGCGCAGGUCCAGGCGCCACGACCUCAGGCCCGGCGCCGAUCGACAGCCCGCUCAACCUCAGCGCGGCAGGCGACGACUUGCGACGACGGAGCAGCGCGGCAGGCGGCGCGCACGGCAGCGGCAGCAUGCUGGCCGAGCGGUCGAUGAGCGGGAGCAGCGCGGGUGGGCCUUCUCGCCUCGCGUCGCUGACCGACGAAAAGAACCUGUUCGGUGGCACGGUGCGUGCGCUCGACAUCCAGGGCGCCGGCGGCAAGGCCCGAGCGGGCGAGGCCGAUGGCGACAACGACUCGGACGGAUACGGACAGCCCUCGCCCCGGACGGACCACGCUGUGCCUGGAGGCUUUCAGCGGGGCACCUUCGGGACGGCGGUGGGCGGCGCACCGGCCCAGGCGGCAACGGCCGGCGGCGGCUUUGGCGUCGACUCGACGCACUCGAUCCACUCGGAACCGUCGACGGGCGCGGGACGGGUCUCGAGCGAAGGCUCGUCGAGCCAGCAGCCGCACGCGUUGCCGCCCGCGCAGCAGCAGCCGCCGGCGCAAGUGCAGCCACCGCCUCAGCUGUACCACCGGUCGUCGUUUGACGCGGCGCAGCUGGAGCGGGAGCGGCAGGAGCGGGAGCGGGCUGCGCGGAAGCGGUGGGAGUUUGGGAUCCGGGUGGGCGACCCGCAAAAGGUGGGCGAUCCGAUGACGGCGCACAUCGUGUACACGGUGCGGACGACGACCGACUGCCCGCGGUUCCGGGCGUCGCAGUUUUCGGCGCUGCGGCGGUACAAGGACUUUCGGUGGCUGCACGCGGCGCUGGUGCAGAACAACCCGGGCAUCAUUGUGCCGCCGGUGCCGGAAAAGGUGACGAUUGGGCGGUUCGCCGCCGAGCUGGUCGAGGCGCGGCGGCUGGGGCUCGAGACGUGCAUCAACAAGAUUGCGUCGCACCCGGUGCUGCAGCAGGACGACGACCUGCGGCUGUUUCUCGAGAGCGACAACUUUGGGGCCGACGUCAAGGCGCGCGACGCCGUCAAGGGGGCGAUUGUGACGCCCGAGCAAAAGACGCGCAAGUCGUGGGUGCCCGGCGUGGUGGCCAUGUCGUCGAGCGGGGCGACGCACAAGUUUCACGAAUUCGACGAGUGGUUCGAGACGCAGAAGGUGUACCUCGACUCGCUCGAGGGGUGCCUGCGGCAGGUGGUCAAGAGCAUCUCGGGCGUCUCGAACCAGCGCAAGGAGCUGGCGGGCGCUGUGGCCGAGAUGGCCAACGUGCUGGUGACGCUGGGCGGCAGCAGCCUGUCGCGCAGCGUGAGCACGUGCUUUGCCGGGCUGGCCGAGGUGCAGAAGCGGGCGUACGAGAUCGAGGAGCAGCUCGCCGAGGCCGACGUGCGCCAGCUGGGCACCGUCAUGUACGAGUACGAGAGGACCGUGGGCAGCAUCCGGAAAGCGUUUGCGACGCGGCUCGACGUGUGGCAGGCGUGGCAGCGGGCGUGCGACGAGCAGCACAAGAUGCAGGCGCGGUACAACAAGGUGCGGGCGGGCGGCUCGGGCGUGUCGUCGCACCACCUGUCUUCGCUGCUGUCGGACGUGUCCGAGGCCGAGGCGCGGGCGCUGGAGCGGGAGCGCGACUUCCACGUCGUCUCGGAGCGGUGCAAGAGCGAAAUGGAGCGCCUCGACCUCGAGCGCGUCGACGACUUUCGCGGCGCGCUCCAGGCCUGGCUCGACGGCCUCGUGUCGCGCCAGCAGGACGUCGUCGACGAAUGGGAGGCCUACCUCGCCCUCGUCGGUCGUCAGAUGGGCCUCAACCCGGCCGCAUCGGCCUCGGCCUCGGCCUCGGUCUCGGUCUCGGAGGGCGAGCAGCAGCCGUCGUCGUCGUCGUCGUAG